GAACAGUGUUGUAAGCCGCCUUGCAGCCAUGUGAGCUCCUUCCAGCGCACAACCGCAGCCAACUUCACUUGUUUCGAAGAAAAUUUUCCGCGUUGGCGCAUGGAGGAGAACUCGAUUAAAACUUAAACUUUUCAGACAUGGUGCGCACAAAUACUGUGGGCAAAAUAAAGCCAGAACCAGAGGAAACUGUCCCGACGACGCGCAGGCGCCAUCGACAGAACGCGGCGGAGAGUUGGAUCGCAGAGUCGUGGGCUUUCCCCCAUGAAGUCUUCCAGGACACAAUGAAAGCCUGUAAAGAGGAGCUCCCUGAAUUGGAUGGCAAUGAGCGCAGGGCGCUCAACAAGCUGGAGAGUGUCUGGGCCCAAAAACUGAACUCUACGAACCACCAGCCGGACUCCAAUCGCCGGAGACCUACGCCACCACCGCCCCGCAAACGGCGUUGCCCCGUCAAGCCCGUGGCACCCGUUGCUCCCGUGGCACCGCCGGCUGAGGUUGAGCCCCGCGUUGAGAAUGUCUACAACGUGCCAGACCAUGUGCUUGUCCGAAAUCGCAUUUUCAUGCCGCCGCAUCCGCCGACCUAUCGGCCCCGGUACUUCGAGGUUAUCAUGCCGGCGUUCGUCCUCAAGCGCAGGAUCCUCGAUACGUUUCUCAAGCGUGAUAUCAUUAACAGUCUCAUGGCCUCCAGUGAUCAGGAGGCCACUGCCAUUCUCCAGAAGCUGGUGGAAGACGUGCUGAAGCUCAAAAGGUGCUACGACCGGGAUGGUGCGCUGAUCGAGUGGUAGCAGGUAGCCUAAAUCCUAUAUAUGUAUCACUUAUCAUUCUUGAUGGAAAUAAUUAUCCGUGGGAUUGCAUUUUUUUAAAUUAAUGUUCAUAUUUUAUGAAGAACUUAACUUAACAUCAUUGUCAUACAGUUUUUGUUUGGUGGCAGGGAUUUUUUUAUUUUGCUGAGUAUGAAAUGUAAUGUAAUUAGUUAUUUUAAAUCUCAUUACCAAAAGCUUUAAAAAACUUUCAUGAAGUUUGAUCAAGCCCACCCUAGAAGAACAGUGUGUACACACACUGCCAAAGGAAAUUUUGGCAAGCGCAGCCAACUUUAGUCAGAACUAUAGAAGAAAAAGUUUGGAAGGAGAAAGCGUGGGCGGAGAACUUUCGGUUAAAAGGUAAAAAAUAGACCAUUAAAACACGUAAAAAUACAACAAGAAGAAUUCCAAGUAUCCCCAAGACCCAAGGGCGUAAUUUUUCAAGAACAAAAUCCACAGCCAGGUGCAGAUGUUUCAUGUGGGUAGUGACGUAAUAGCGAAGCAUCAGCCACACGUGUCCCGGAUCAUGGCCGCAUCCCCCUGUAAGUGACUCUAAUUUUAAGAUUUAUUAUGCUGGAGACCAUUCUGAAGACGAGGAUAAUGCUGAACUGCCUUUUUUAAAGUAAUUUGUAAGCAAUCAAUAAACUGCAGCUUCAGGAUGCCGCAGACACUGA